AUGCCUUUCUUCACCUUUUCAGCAGUCACUUCUUUUUCCAAUAUCCACGAUGGACAGGAGCGAGAAAAGGACGUGUGCGAACCUUUGCAAUUGCAGCAUUUUCCCGUGCAGAAAUCUGUCUCCGCAACAGUUGGGGAAGUUGCGUCUAUUAAAAAAAUGAGAUCUGGUGACUUGCUUAUCGAGGUCAGUACUCGAAAGCAAGCCCAGAAUAUUCAAAAAGUGAAAGCUCUCGCCACGAUCCCUGUUACUAUCAGCCCUCACACAUCAUUAAACACGUCUCAAGGCGUCAUUACUUGCGGGGAAAUAUUUAACCUCCCUUUAGAUUAUAUUCAAGACGAGUUAAAAUCACAAGGUAUUAUAAAAGUUCGCCGCAUUAGCAUCCGGCGAGAAGGACAGAUACUCGAAACCAAACAUCAAAUCCUCACUUUUAAGUCACCAAAACAGCCAGACUUCAUAUAUGCAGGUUAUAUCAAGCUACCUGUCCGGCCAUAUAUCCCAAACCCACUUAGAUGUUUCAAGUGCCAGCGUUUCGGGCACUCGAAAGCUAAUUGCCGCGGAACUGUGACUUGCGCUCGUUGCUCUGAAAAAGAGCAUGAAAGCCAACAAUGCUCGGCUCCAGAGAAAUGCGUAAACUGCAAGGGCGAGCAUACUUCUUUCUCCUGGUUAUGUCCACGCUGGAAACUGGAAAAACAAAUCACCACUACCAAAUUUAAAGAGGAAAUUUCAUACCCCGAAGCAAGAAAGAAAGUACUUGCACAGACACCGUUACCUGGUGUAAGCUAUGCAUCCGUGGUCCAGAAAAGCUUUUGUGAAAACUGCAGUUGUGGAAACUGCACUAAGAAGGCUAAGCAAAUAAAAUCUCAAAAAUCGUCGGAUUCUGACACAGAAGAAUCCAUAAACAAUAUUUCUGACUGGAAAGCCAGAUAA